AUUCUUCAGGGAAUGAUGAACCAUCGUCAGAUCGCACAGCAGGAAGCUGAGAGGCUUGAGCAGGACGAGUCUGUGCCCCGUCAUCACCCACAGCAGCCCAGUGGGAAUGUGCAGCAGAACGAGCACGCAGUCAUGGAAAUGCAUCAAUACGGCAGGCCCCACUCAACCCGCGAUCAAAGACCGCAGCAACAGCAGCAACACCGUAUCAUGCAUCCACAACAACCGCCACAUGGACAGCAGGCUGGCCCAGCUCCUCAUCCUCCGUAUGCGUUGUCCUCAGGACAAAGUCAUGCUGAGUAUCCUGGAUUCGAUCCGCAUCAUGCAGCUGCGGCGUUUGCUAAUAGUGGCGAUGCACAGGAUCGAUUUCACAGCCCAAUGGGCUUUCCCGCAGGUGGCCAGGAUAGGGGAGUGCUCGUUCGACAGCAUAGGCCAGCUUUCGAUAAUGGUUUGGCCAGCCAAAUAAAUGUAACCCCUGAGGAGACCAGUAGAUGGAAUUCAUCAUCGCCCACGCACUUUCGAAGAGACGUGACGGACCCUACUUUUCACGGGCAACAGCCACCGCUUCCUCAUCCGCAGCAAUACUCGUCGAUGCCAUCCCAACAGCAGAGAUCUCCUUACUCUCCUCCUCCAGCAUCCCAGCCUUAUUCGUGCGAGCAGUGGACGGAUGCCUCAAUGCCUAAUCAUGGCCAGCUGCACCAGAAUGGCAUGGAUGUGAGCGCACAGCUCCCAGUCCUUUUAGUCGCAGAGCAGGGAGAGGCAGGGCUCGUACCUGCUAAUCAGAUAGCGCUGGCAAAGGCGAAAGUAGGCAAGGGCAAGGGGAAACCGAAGAAUGUUGUCAAGGUCUCAACGGAGUAUGAGAGAGCCGAGGGCGUUUUGUCCGCUCCGCCCUCAUCAGCGCCACCAGAGCAGUCGUUCGACCCACACCAGAACGGCUUUCCGUUGCAGGAGCAGGGAGGUGUCGCGCAUCAAGGGCAAGAUUCUUCGAUUGAGAUGGCAGCGCAGUUUCCAGUCUCAGACGAUAGAUAUCCGGCCAUGACUGGUCGAGGUAAAGGAAAGUCCAAGGCUGCUUCUCAGUUUUCGAUCAUCACGGACGUCCAGCGCACCCAGGAUUUUGACGGGCGCUCAUCGAGUAUCAGUUCCAGUCCUGCAUCGGCUCGCCAGAGGUCUGUAAAGAUGGAGGAGAACUUUCAGGAUCGAAUACCACACUCAGAGAAUGGUUCGAACAGCGGCUUUACAACAGCGGGAGGUCAUGACCUAGCACCUGAGAGUCUACUUUUUGGAUCGGGCAUGAUUUUGGUCAAAAAAUUGCCCGAUGGGUCGUCAUCAUCUUCUGAGGGAUCAAAGCAGUUUCCACCAUCGCAGCUGUCGAUCAAAACAGGGCGAGACUUCGGUAUAAGGAAUGAACCAGCGUCCGCGACAUUGAACACCCCUACUACCCCUCUUUCAGCCAACUCUGUUAAAAAGAAGCGCUCGCGUUUGCAGCUGGAGAAUGGAGAAAAGGAGCAGACUGUCUCGGCUCUUGCAGGACUAACUCCGCAGCCACAACUGUCCAAGACCGACAUGGCAACACCUUCGUCCCCGCCUCCCCCACCGCCUCCUGUAAGGGGUAAGAGUGCCAGUCGACCUCGCAAGGGAGCUGCGUCCGGAAGCACGGAUGCUGACAUUGAGCGCAGUAACCAGAUUACGCGAUCGCCUGGACCUGCAUGGAUGAUGUUUGGCGCAAAUAAUACCGGCGCUUCAACCGCAAACAGCAGCAGCGUGAACUCGGCCGCGCCUGGUGGCUCAUCCAAAUCAGGCGACACCAGCGCUAUAACCAACAACACUGGAGUGAGGCGCCGACCCCCUUUGCCGCCUUCAAGUCUUUUGGCAGAGAACGAAAAGCGCAAGCCAAAGCGGAUCAAAAUCGAAGACAAAGAUGUAAGGCAGGUUCAGCGAUCGUCUUCCUCUCUUACAGAUGUGGGCGAUAGCGACAAAAGGAACGAGGGUGAACUCAAGUCGAACAGUAACAAGCACGUCGGGCUUACUGAGGAUGGCAACGAUCGCGACAGCGAGGAUGAAGAUGAACUCGAGGAUGAAGAAGAUGAAGUACUGGAGGAGGGUGAGCGUGAUAAUGCUGAUCAAAGUGGCGCACGAAAGCGUCGAUCGCCUGGGGAUGAUGACGACGACCAUCAUGGUGAUAACGAUACGAACCCAAGCGGCGGUGGCGGGGGUAGCAGUGGCACGAAUGGUCAAAGUCAGGGAUCUGGCGGAGGAGGCGCGCGCAAGAGCAUGAAACGCAAAUCCAACUCGAAUCUCGGGGGUAGCAAUUCGAACAAGAAGACCAAGGAAAAAUCUAAGGGGUCCUCGUCGGCAGUGUCACAAGAAGGCGAGCUGAGCGUCAGUGGUCGUGAGGGUGAAACUCCGAAAAGCUCGGCAUCAACGGAAGACUCGACUGGCAUCUGCCCAGAUGGACGCAGCAAAGCUGGUCGACGAAAGAACGGCAAGAACGACAAGGAGCGUAAGGACCUCAAGGCGCGCGGCACCAUCAGAGCAGCAGGAUCAGCCGACACCGACACUGAGAUGGGGUACCUUCCAAUGGAGGAUGAUAUCGAAUGCCCCCACAUGUUUGGAAUUGACGAGUCGGACAAAGACAAGGGGUUAUCGUCUUCAGAGGACGAAGUCGAGGACGAAGAUGAGGUGACGAAGGAUGAGGACGCUGCGGUCAAGGACGAACCCGAAUCAGGGGUCAAGUCCUCCGGCGUUUCAACCGCAUCUAAAAAGCCCAGUAGCGUUAGCAAUGGCGCAGGAUCUAAGGCUGGAGACUCUUUGGAGAUGCCGGAUGAUAUCCAGAAGCAGGGACGUGAAUGGGUUGACCGAUUGGCGAUGCCCGAGUCUGCAUGGGAGGAAUCUUACAAGAUUUACGAAAGAGUCAAGCGCCUGAAGGAGCUCAAGAACCGGCAACCGGUGCGCAAACGAGACGCCAUCUUGGCUGCGAUCUUAUAUAUUGUCUGCCGAGAUCAAGGAUCUCCUCGAACCUUCUCGGAAAUUUGCACGGCCUCUGGCGUGAAGCGCGGAGACAUCGGGGCAUAUUAUCGACUGAUGCUCAAGAUCCUUGAGCCCUCCAAGAACGCGACCGCCAGUGCUCGCGACACUGAUGCCGAAGCCUUUAUGACACGCUGGUGUGAAUCGUUGUCGCUUUCGCCUCAGGUCCGACAGGCAGCCGUCCAUGUGUUCAGUAUUGCCAACACAUUGAACCUGACCUCUGGCAAGUGUCCGUCUUCUGUCGGCGCGGCAGCCAUCUAUCUGUGUAUUUUCGCAUGGAACGAUGCUCGUAGAUUGGCGAAUUGUCAGCGGUUUCAGUGCUCCGGCUGCCAGUGCCAAGCGCCUCAAUCACAUCCUGGCCUGACGCAUGACCAGGGUUGGAUCAGGAAGGACUCCAAAGACGUUGCGAUCGCUGUUGGUGUUGUGAGUGCGACCCUGAUGGGGUGUUUCCGGAACUUGGCCCCUGAGAGAGAGAGACUGAUUCCUCCAGAAUUCUUGAGAGCCGCUGUAGAAGGCGUGUAGACAGUUGUCAUCAUGUUUUGCAGAUCUCAAAAAUGUGAAUACAACAUUAAAGAGUAAUAUGCCUUUAUUUUGUACAUGUUGAGUGCAAGAAAGGAUGGGAGGAAAGUGGAAUGAUGUAGCGAGAAAUGGCAGGAUGCAACUGCUCACUUUUUGACGCCAACGACAGGCUUCUUGCGCUCCGGUAUCCUCUCCUUCAAGUUCUCUGGCUUUGUGUGUUUCCUGACAUUCUCCUCUUUGACCUUUCGUGCGUUGAUCAUGAUGGACUUCUUCUUUGUGGCAGUCUUGAUAGCCUUUGGUACAUUACGAUGACGAUUAAUCCUCCUAAUCUCUGGCACGUUCGCAAACUUCUCCUUGAGUUUCUCGGCAUAUUCGA